AUGAGUACUGCGGGAAUGCGACUUCGGAAGUGGACGUCGAAUGUAAAAGAUGUCCAAGAGUUCAUGACGGAGGAGGCUGAAGGGGAGAUACAUGCACAAACGUCAAGCACGCCACCGCAAAAAGUGCUCGGUGUGGCAUGGAACCCAGGGAAGGACGAGUUCCUAUUUGACAUUGAGUCGCUCCUCGAUUUCUUACACAGUCAAAGAGACAACAAGCGAUUCGUCUUGCAAGCGGUGGCACGCAUAUUUGACCCUUUCGGGUUUCUGACGCCGAUGACGACAACUGUAAAAAUACUCUUUCAAGAAUUGUGGCGACUUGGGAUCGAGUGGGACGAGCGAAUCCCGGAGGACCUUUAUAAAGGGUGGGACAAAUGGUGCAGUCAGCUUCCGGACAUUCGUCACGUGUCUGUUCCCAGAAAGUUUGGAGAAGAUGUGAGGCUCGCCUGCGUCAAGAAAUCAUUACACACAUUUUGCGACGCAAGCCCGAAGGCAUACGGCGCAGUUAUUUAUUUGAUUUGCAGCAAGCCUGGCGAGGAGCCACGUUGUUCGUUGGUGAUCUCUAGAGCGAGGGUAGCAUCGCUCAAGAAACUUUCGUUGCCGAGGUUAGAAUUGAUGGCAACGCUAAUCGGAGCACAGCUAGCUCAUUUCGUAAAGGAGGCGACGGACCUUCAAGGAAUCGAGAGCUACUACUGGACGGACUGGACAGUUGCACUUCAAUGA